AACAGUAUAAACAAUAUAAGUGGUUAGAAAUAUAUAACUUUGUUUAUUAAAAAUAUUUGUGUUUUUGUUUGGUUAAAAAAUAAUGUGUGCACACAGAACUAUUAGAUGUGAUCAAUGAAUGCAUAUACUUUGUUCAAUAUUGCCAUUUUUACAAUUAAUAUAAAAGAAUAAGUCUUAUGUUAAAAAAAUUAUUCAAAAUUAAAUGGUAUUGUAUUUGCUGUACUAUGAUGCAAAUUUUUACAGCAUCAUAUUUUUAGAUUGAAAAUCCUAAAUAAAAGCUGAUUAUAUAUUAUUAUCUUUGUAAUUAUUUAUAAUGAUUAUGAUAUAUGAUAUGAAAAUACUUUGUUAUAAACACUAAUUGAUUUUUUUUAAUUUUAAUUUCCUCAAAUUAUUUUAAUUGAAAUUUAUCUUAUCCUUAACAUGAUAAACAAAAAUAUAUAAUCAUAUACCGUAUGAAAAAGAAGUAAUAGAAUACAAAUAAUUUAAAAAGAUGUAUAUAUAUAUACAUUUAGUAAUAGAGAAUUGUCAGUAUGUGGUUAGGAUUAAUUAUAUAGGAUUAAUCGUCAAAUUUUAUUUAAUUUGAAAUUAUAGAAGCAACUUAACAAAUUGUACAUUUACCUUAUAUUGUUUCAUUAACGUUGAAAUUACAUACACGAAGAAUAUUUAUAUAAUGAUUUUGACUAAGAAUUUUAACUGAAUAGUAAUAUAUUAACAUUUCACAACAUUGUCUUUGAUAGCAUUUACAAUUUUAUUUUCUUGAUCUUUUUUUCCUAUUUAAGCUCUUUAUAAUUUAAUAUCACGCAAUUAAUUUAAUUUAAUAUUAAACAACCAAUAAAAGAAUCAAUUAAAUUUGUGAUUUAAAUUGUUUACUGCUAGAAUAAAAAGUUGAAUGAAUUUUAGAUUUCGAUCGAAGAAACCGGUUGUUGCACAUCGAAUAUCGAACUUUACGACAGUUGACUGUUGAUCACGGAACAUGGUUGAUCGUUACGCUAUAUCUUUUGUUUGACUAUAUUUAUUGACCGUGUUAUUUUGCUGCGUGUUUUUUUUUUUUAAAUAUUUAAAUUGUGUAAAUCUUUUGCAUUAUAUUUGCUAACAAGAAUAUGUUUAUGAAUAUUUCGAGUCACGUAACCGCACUUUUUCAUUGUGAUUUUCGCGGUUGUGCUUGACGUCCUGCGUUAUUCUUUGCGUUUGAUUGUUUGAUCGAUAGUUUUGAAAUUUUAUUUUGGUUUUCGCUUGGCUCCAGUUUCCCAGAGCCAGAAUGCUGGAAACAGAGGAAAGAGGAUACUUUCAUUGGGCAGAUUGGCUGGUGUUCGCGUUGAUGCUCGCCGUAUCUGCUGCCGCAGGAUUAUGGCAUUACAAGGGAGCACAGAAGUCGAGCACGGAAGAUUAUCUCUUAGGAGGAAAGAGCAUGACCCUUUUACCCGUCUCCGCUUCUCUCGUUGCCAGUUUCAUAUCCGGUGUGACGAUUCUUGGAACACCAGCGGAGAUAUAUAAUUUUGGAACUCAAUACUGGAUCACCAUCAUUUCCAUACUUUUUUCUGGUCUCGUCGUGGCUCUUGUUUACGCCCCAGUUUUCGUUGCAUUGGGAUUAAAUUCCGUUUACGAGUACUUGGAAAUAAGAUUCAAUCGUGGCGUAAGGAUUCUCAUAUCGUUGAUCUUUUUAAUUGACGUGGUCCUUUACCAAUCGAUCGUGGUCUACGUUCCGGCAUUAGCGCUAAAUCAAGUGAGCGGUAUCGAUGUACAUUUGAUCGGGAUCAUUGUAUGUCUCAUAUGCAUGUUCUACACUGUUUUGGGUGGUAUCAAAGCGGUAGUUUGGACAGACGCGCUUCAGGUUGGAAUCAUGGUCGCUGGUGUUCUCACUGUUAGUAUAUUGGGUACUUAUCAAAUUGGCGCUGCUGAGAUAUGGAAGAGAUCUUUGGAUGCUAAUAGAAUUGAAUUCUUGAAUUUUGAUCCAUCUCCUUAUACAAGACAUACAGUAUGGACCGUGUUAAUUGGUUCAUGGCUCUAUAGUACCGCUUAUAUAUCCGUCAAUCAAACUAUGGUUCAACGAUACAGAUCAUUGAAAGAUUUGAAAACGUCCAAACUAUCAUUAGCGAUAUUUACUAUCAGUAUUAUGUUGUUCAUAUCAUUAUGCUGUUGGUGUGGCCUGGUUCUUGUAGCCUGGUGGUCUCCACCUAAAUGCGAUCCUAGAGCUUCCGGUCUGAUUACUGCCGAUGACCAAUUAUUGCCCGCUUACGUAAUGGAAAUUGCAAAACAUUUACACGGAGUGCCAGGUCUUUUUAUUGCUGCAAUUUUCGGAGCAGCUCUCAGUACUCUUUCUGUAGGUUUUAAUUCGACAUCAGUGGUUGUUUUAGAAGACUUCGUAAAAGGAUGCUUCGGUAUGAAACCAAGCGACCGAUGCUCCUUUAUUUUUGUAAAAUGUUUGGUUGUUUUGCUUGGUUGUAUAGCUAUAGGAUUGUUAUUUUUAGUAGAAAAAUUAGGAGGUGUUUUAGUUAUAACUGGAAGUUUAGCAGCAAUAGCUGCAGGCACUUCUUUUGGAGUGUUUACAUUAGGUAUGUUCUUUCCAUGGGUAAAUUCUAAGGGUGCAUUCAUGGGCGCUAUCGUAGGAUUCGUAAUCGCCGGCUGGGCGAGUUUAGGUGCAAAUUGGUCCAUCGGUGCCGGUCUGCUGGUUCCUAAGAAACUUCCGGUGCUCUUUUCUCAUUGCCAAGGCAAUAUCUCUGAAAGUUUCUUAAAGCAAUUUGAUCGUCCAAACGAAGAUGAUGUAUUUCCUCUUUAUCGAUUGUCAUAUCAUUGGUUCACUGGUUUAGGCACAUUAAUUGUCAUCAUCGUAGGUAAUUUCAUUAGUUGGUGGACUGGUCCUACGGAUGUUUCUUCUAUCGAUAAAAAAUUGCUUUCACCAAUGAUUCAUUCAUGGCUCCCCAAACCUAAAAAUGAAUAUGUUACUGUUAAUGCUGAAAAUACUGGCAGAAAUAAUGAAUUGGCAACGACAGCAAGUCUUUUAUUAUACGAUUUGAAAAAGAAAAGGAGAAAUCAACACUUUCCUAACAGCGUUAUAACAUAAUGCAAAUUUUUAUGAUUUAUUUAUAAUAUUU